CUCCCCUCAGUCCUCACAGUCUCCUUGUUUUUAUUUCAUUUAAAAACACAUGACAGUCUUGUUUUUUUGUUCUAAAAAAUAUAUAUGCAGCAAAAACUAGAGCCUCCUCCUCCUUCUCCUUCUCCUCACACAGAGACAAAAUUGCUUCCUCUUCUUUUGUUGUUUGUUUCUGCAGGAUUUCAUGGUCGUGGACCUGCAAAACCACCAAAGGGUGAGCUCACAUUCCCCCACUCUCAAAAGUCAAAACCCCAGAAAACCCUUAGCUCUUUGAGAACGCAAUAAGUUUGUUAUUUGCAUGUACUGUUUCACCCAUUGGCUUAUUUUCCCAGAGCUUUUUUUUGGGUUUUUCUUAGUGAGGAUAAAAAGGACCACGAACCCAAUAAAGUCCUUCAUGUAAAUUCUUGUUUUUGGGGGGAGUUUUAGCCUAACAGUCUUCUCUUCUCCAAAAACGAUAACCCACUUUACACUGUGCUUUGGAUUUAAUGGAGCUGCAGAGUCCCCAAGCAAUUACUUCUGAAAUGGGACCAGAACCAUUUAUGCUACUGCAAUGCUGCUUCUGAAGUUCUAGAGAGAGAAAGAAAGGUUUAAACUUUCUCACACCCUUUUCUCUGCUGCACUAUUUUCCCAAUGGGUGUUCAUUUCUUUGCUUCUCUACUGAUUUUUUCACUGUUCCUGAAUCCAUUGGCUUCCCAACAACCCAAUACAGAUGAGUUCUUUGUCUCUGAGUUUUUGAAAAUAAUGGGUUCGUUUUCUUCAUCUUCUUCUUCCAAUGUCUACAACUUCUCUGCACCCGUUUGUUCAUGGAAAGGAGUUUCUUGUGAAUCCAACAAUGUUAUCGGCUUUGAGGCUUCCGGUUUGGAGCUUUCCGGUCCGGUUCCCGACACCACCAUCGGGAAGCUCACAAAGCUUCAAUCUCUAAACCUCAGCUGCAACAAAAUCACCGGUCUUCCUUCGGAUUUGUGGAGCAUAGGUUCUCUCAAGCACCUUAUUCUCUCCAACAACCAGAUUUCCGGGUCGUUGCCGAACAAUAUUGGCAACUUCGGUCAGCUCGAAACCCUCGACGUUUCCAGCAAUAAUUUCUCUGGGGAGAUUCCUGCUGGUAUAAGCUCACUUGCCAGCCUGCGAGUUCUUAAGCUCAAUGGAAAUUCGUUUGAGAAGAGCAUCCCAUCAGGAAUUCUGAGCUGUCAAUCUUUGGUUUGGAUUGACCUUUCGUCGAAUCGGUUAAACGGUUCUCUUCCAGCUGGUUUUGGUGCUGCAUUGCCUAAGCUGCAAGUAUUGAACCUUGCUGGGAAUGGGAUUCAUGGCCAGGGCUCCGAUUUUUCGGAGAUGAAUUCCAUUACUACUCUGAACAUUUCAGGGAAUGUGUUUCGGGGUUCAGUGAUGGGAGUGUUUAAGGAGCUGUUGGAGGUGGCUGACCUUAGCAGGAACCGGUUUGAAGGCCACAUUUCGAAGGUACAAUUCAAUGCUAGUUACAAUUGGUCUCGUUUGGUUUAUUUAGAUUUGUCCGAAAAUCAGCUUAAUGGAGAAAUUUUACACUAUUGGAAUCAAUCCCAGAAUCUUAAACACCUUAAUCUAGCACACAAUAGAUUUACUAGGCAAGAAUUCCCGAGAAGUGUGGAAACUUUUUCUGGUUUGGAGUACCUUAACUUGUCGAAAUCUAGUCUUACCGGUCGCAUUCCUGCUGAAAUUUCUCGGCUGAGUAACUUGAACACACUUGAUCUUUCUGAAAACCAUCUUAUAGGCAAAAUCCCAUUGCUUAAUUUGAGAAAUCUCCAAGUUUUCGAUGCUUCUCACAACAAUUUGAGCGGAGAAAUCCCGAUGUCUCUCUUGGAGAAACUCCCUUGGAUGGAGAGCUUCAACUUCUCUUACAAUAACUUGACACUAUGUGCUUCUGAAAUUUCCAAUGCAACCCUCCAAGCAUCUUUCUUUGGUUCAACAAACAGCUGCCCCAUUUCAGCAAACCCGGGCCCUUUUAGAGCACGAGCUAAUAAGGCUAAGGAGCACAAGGUACUAAAGCUUGCCUUGGUUUUGACCUUCUCAAUGGUAUGCUUGCUUGCUGGUCUGCUGUUUCUAGCAGUUUGUUGCCGAAGGAAAACCAGAAUGUGGGAGGUAAAACAAACCUCACACAAGGAAGAGCAAAGCGUAUCAGGCCCCUUUUCCUUCCACACUGAUUCAACAACAUGGGUUGCGGAUGUUAAGCAAGCAAAUUCAGUACCUGUAGUGAUUUUCGAGAAGCCGUUGUUGAAUUUCACAUUCGCAGAUCUCUUAUCUGCAACUUCGAACUUUGAUCGAGGAACCCUUCUGGCUGAAGGGAAAUUCGGGCCUGUUUAUAGAGGAUUUCUACCGGGUGGAAUUCAUGUAGCGGUGAAAGUUUUGGUCCACGGUUCUACAAUGACAGACCAGGAAGCUGCAAGAGAGUUUGAGUAUCUCGGACGGAUCAAACACCCUAAUCUUGUUCCAUUGACUGGAUAUUGUUUAGCUGGGGACCAAAGGAUUGCUAUCUAUGACUACAUGGAGAAUGGGAAUAUACAGAAUUUGCUACAUGACUUGCCGCUUGGGAUACUGCAAACAACAGAGGAUUGGAGCACAGAUACUUGGGAAGAAGACAAUAACAAUGGCAUUCAAAAUGUUGGCUCUGAAGGGUUGUUAACAUCAUGGGGGUUCCGUCACAAGAUUGCACUUGGCACUGCCAGAGCACUGGCAUUUCUACACCACGGUUGCUCACCUCCAAUUAUUCAUAGAGAUGUUAAAGCUAGUAGUGUUUAUCUGGACUGUAACUUAGAGCCAAGAUUAUCUGAUUUUGGACUGGCAAAGAUUUUUGGCAGCGGUAUAGAUGAGGAGAUCUCUCGAGGGUCACCUGGCUACAUUCCGCCAGAGUUUUCUCAGUCCGAGUAUGAUUCUCCAACACCAAAAUCCGAUGUGUAUUGCUUUGGAGUUGUUCUUUUUGAGCUGAUUACUUCAAAGAAGCCAUUUGGCGAUGACUAUCCAGAGGAGAAAGAUGCAACCUUGGUGAGCUGGGUUAGAGGAUUGAUUAGGAAGAACAAAGGGACGAGCGCUAUUGAUCCAAAAGUUCGUGACACAGGACCAGAUGACCAAAUGGAGGAGGCCCUGAAGAUUGGAUAUCUGUGCACAGCUGACCUUCCCUCAAAACGACCAAGCAUGCAUCAGAUAGUCGGACUUCUUAAAGAUAUCGAGCAAGCAGGUAACAGAUGAAGAACAAAUUGAGCUGAAAAAAAACAAGGAAAAUGUGGGAGUUUUGGGUUUAGCUUUUGUUUUCCUAAUUAGUAAUUUGUUCUUGUUGGCCCUUAUGAUCGGUUCUGUUUUGCCUCCAUGAUUGUACAGCAGCCCUGGAAAUUCUGUUCGGAAUUUUUUAUGUCGCUCGCUCGCUCUUUCCUUUUUGUUUCUUAUUGUUGGUGGCAUGAAAUGAAAGUUUGAUUUAUAUAUACAAAGGAGUUUGAUUUGAUCACA